GUCAAUCAGCAGCUGGAUGAGCCGACUGAAAACACAUGUUCAACGUAAUCAGAAGGGAGUUGGAAAACCAGCAGGGGCACCGGCCCUGAGGACCUCAGUUUGGAGAGACACAAUCCACUUCUGUCAAACUAACACUGACAAGAAUCGGAUGUGGGGAGUUGGUGUUCAGGGUAGAAAGUGUGAAUCCAGCAGCAUGAAUCAGUGUAAGGACAGAGAGGAGGGAGCCCCUCCCUCUAAAACCAGUCUGUGUGGGGACCACGAGAACCAGAACAAAGCUCAGAGGUCCCAUCAGAGACGAGGAUCUGCUGAACCUGGACCUGAACCUGGACCUGGACCCAGCUGUGUGUCCUUCAAGAGUGACCAGUCAAACACCCAUUUUAUUAAUUUCAAAGAUCAACCUGUGUGAGUCACAGUGAGUUGUUGUUAGUUUAAAUCAUUCUCAACAAUCUGAUGUAAACAAAUCUCUGAUUUGUGUUGUUUCAAUUUCUUGAUCUGGUUGAUUUGUGUUUAAAGUGUUGAUGUGAAAGAGAAUUGAUCAAAUCUCCAUCCAGCAGUAGCUAAAGCUCUGAUCCUGUAGAGGGUCUCAGGGGCUGCUCCUCUUCUAAUGAAGUGCUGACAUCAAAGGAAGCAGCUGAUCAUCUCUGAUCAAAUCUGUUUAUUGACGUCUCUACAUGAAGGUUUUGGUCAAAUGUCUUGAAGCUUCUUCACUUGCAGCAGUAAAUUGAAGUUACUACUGGAGACUUUAGUUGUGAUGUUGUUGCAGUGGAGACGACUGUUUGUCCCCAGUGUCGACACCAGAGCCGAUGUCCAACAAUGAAUGAAUGUAGGAAGUAGUUAACUGUUCCUAGUUCAACAUAUUCCCACUGGGAGCUGCCCAGUACAACCAGUCUGAUCCCAGCAGACUCCUUGUUCCAACACUUCAGCCUUGUUCAGUGAGGGAGGCAGAGAUAUAUGUUGUUCAGAGCUGAGACUGAAGCAACUGACUGACAGUGAACCUUCACCACUACAGGGAGUCUCUGACUCACUGCUCACAUCCAACAUCACUUCAUGGACCUUUACCUUGUGUGUGUCUGUGUGUGGACUCAUUCUUCAUGGUUCCUCCACAGAGUGGACCAGCAGAGCUCAGAGGUUCCCAGUGCUCAGUCUGUCCAGCAGCACCAAACACACCUGGACUCCAUAUUUAUGCUGCUGGAGGAAAACAUUGUCACGUUUGUGAAGAAGGAGCUGAAGAAGAUGCAAAAGGUUCUGAGUCCAGAUUACCCAGAAUGCUUAGAGAGUCAGAGGGAGGAUGAGGAUGAGUUGGAUGGUGAGGAUGAAGAGCAGAGGAAGAGCAGCACAGACGCGUUUCUGAAGAUCACAGUGAACUUCCUGAGGAGGAUGAAGCAGGAGGAGCUGGUUGACUGUCUGCAGAACCCAGAUCUGAUGGUUCCAGUACCAGAGCCACGGCCCAUCACAUAUUACCAGCAGAUGCUUCAAUCAAACCUCCAAGACGAGUUUCUAUGUGUGAAACCAGGCUGGUCAGAAGUCGACCAACGUCUGGAUGACAUCUACACAGAGCUGUACAUCACAGCUGGGCCAGAUUCACACAUCAACACACAGCAUGAGGUCCAACAGCUUGAGACGACACAGCAGAAGCAAAGAUCAGCAGAGGAGCCAGUGAAGCCCAGUGACCUGUUCAAACAUCCCCCUGGUAAAUACAGACGCAUCAGAACAGUGUUGACCAAUGGAAUCGCUGGGAUUGGAAAAACAGUCCUUGUGAACAGGUUUGUGUUGGACUGGACCCAACAAAGGUCCAAUCAAGACGUGCAUCUGAUUUUCCCCUUCACCUUCCGUCGGCUGAAUCCACUGAAGGGACAGAAGUUUAGUUUGUCAGAGCUCAUUCAUGAAUGUAUCCCAGAAACUGAGUCCAUCAGCCUGGAGGCUCUGAAUUACAUCUUUACACAUCUACAGUCAUCAGGAAACAGCAACUAUGACAAGAGCAGCUUCAAACUUCUGUUUGUGUUUGAUGGACUGGACGAGAGUCGCCUCCAACUGGACUGUAGCACCAGUGAGAAGGAGACGGGUCAACGUGACGUCACAGAGUCCACCUCAGUGGAUGAGCUGCUGACAAACCUCAUCAGAGGAAAACUACUACGCUCUGCUCGCAUCUGGAUCACCACACGACCUGCAGCAGCCAAUCAAAUUCAUGGAGACUUUGUUGAGGUGGUGACGGAGGUCAGAGGGUUCACUGACCCACAGAAGGAGGAGUUCUUCAGGAAGAGAUUCACAGAUGAGGAGCAGAGCAACACAAUCAUGUCCCACAUCAAGACGGCACGAAGCCUCCACAUCAUGUGCCACAUCCCAGUCUUCUGCUGGAUCACUGCUACGGUUCUGGAGGAUCUGCUGGAAACCAGAGAGGGAGGAGAGCUGCCCAAGACCCUGACGGAGAUGUACGCAGAGUUCCUGGGGUUUCAGAUGGAUCGGACUAAAGACAAGUACGGACCAGAACAGAGCAGCAACUACAUCAAGUCAUUGGCUAAACUGGCUUUUAAGCAGCUGCUAAAGGGAAACUUGAUCUUCUAUGAGGAAGAUCUGAAAGAGAGUGGGUUCAAUGUCAGUGGAGCCUCAGUGUGUUCAGGAGUGAUCACAGAGAUCUUUAAACAGGAGCGAGGGAGGAAAACCAAGGACAAGAUGUUCAGCUUUGUUCAUCUGAGCGUUCAGGAGUUUCUGGCUGCUGUUCACAUGAUGCUCUGUUACACCAACGGGAAGAUGGAGAAACUGGAGAACUUCCUGAAAGACUACAAACACACAGAAUCAAUCCUUAAAAGAAUAAAACAGGUGUUUGUUCAUCCGUCAACUCUCUCAUCUUUGGAGGUUGUUGUGAAUAGAACCAUUUUUAAAUCCCUUCAGAGUCCAAGUGGCUACUUGGACCUGUUUGUUCGCUUCCUUCAUGGCCUCUGUCUGGAGUCCAACCAGAGAAUCUUGGGAGGUUUGCUGGGUCACACAGAGAACAGUCCAGAAACCAUCCACAGAAUCAUCAACAACCUGAAAAAGACAAGGAGUGAUAUAAUCUCUCCAGACAGAAGCAUCAACAUCUUCCACUGUCUGAUGGAGAUGAACGACCACUCAGUUCAUCAGCAGAUCCAAGAGUUCCUGAAGUCAGAGAACAGAUCAGAGAAGAAACUCUCCUUGAUCCAGUGCUCAGCUCUGGCCUACAUGCUGCAGAUGUCAGAGGAGGUUCUGGAUGAGUUGGACCUGAGCCAGUACAACACAUCAGAGGAGGGACGACGGAGACUGAUCCCAGCUGUGAGGAACUGCAGAAAGGGUCAGUAAGUCCAACGUUAAUGUGAUCAUUAAUAUUCUACAGCAACAUGAAGCUAAAGCCUCAGUGUUAAAGAGAAACACUUCACACAGAAUCUAAAAGUUCACAGGGUGAAAACAUCAACUACUGGUUCCUAGAAAACAUCUUUGUUGAGAAUCAGAUCAAGCAGCUGUAAAGUUUGUGAACAUCUGGAACUUCUGCCUUUCUUUACAUGAUGGAGUGUAAUGGAGGUUGUCUCCAUUAUCAAUAAACUCCACAGUGCAUCAAUUCAUUAACUGUUUAUUGUUUGGAAAUUUAAAAAUAAUACAACCCAUAAUCAUAGUUUAAAGUUUUUUUUUAAUCUACAGGUUUAAAUUAUUCAGAUGGACAUUGAUUUACAUGUACUCACCUCAUGUGCACUGCUUGGUGUGGUGUGGUGGAAAUUUUCCAUAAAGAAGCAGAUGAGAGAUUUGUCCUUUUGUGAAAUUUAUUGAAAUAAUAAAGAAAAUAAAAAUAAUGGAGAAAGCAAAUAAAAAGCAUGGAUGUUGAUCGUGCACAUCAAC